AUGAGGAACACCAAGAGGAUAGCCGACAACCUGAAACUGAGAAAUCAAUACCAGGAGGCCUUGGGCAGACGCGCUGUGGAACGGCUGCCAGUUGAAAUCAACACAGCCGAAGAGUGCGAGAGAUACGUCGAGCGACUGGAGGAUAUUAUCACCGAGACGCUCGGUGAACUUGCUACCCUUCAUACACCGAACAGAAGAGAACUGCUUCCAGACAACAUUAAUGCUCUACUGGAUGCAAAAAGAGCAAUGAGAAAACUGAAGCCUCGUACGAUCUGGGCCGACUGA